AUGCAGGCAAGCACAAGACCACCGGGAAGCAACCAGCCUCCAGUAAAGAUCUAUAAUGCUGUAUAUUCCUCGGUUCAGGUCUAUGAGUGCAUGGUCCGAGGCAUAGCAGUCAUGAGGAGACGCAACGACUCCUAUGUAAACGCCACUCAGAUUCUAAAGGUCGCUGGUGUGGACAAAGGUCGCCGGACAAAGAUCUUGGAAAAAGAAAUUUUACCAGGAAAACACGAAAUCGUGCAGGGAGGAUAUGGAAAAUACCAAGGCACAUGGAUACCACUCGAACGGGGCCGCGACAUAGCCGCUCAAUAUGGUGUCGCACCACUCUUGUCACCUUUGUUUGAUUUCCAACCCAGCACUAAUUCACUGGGAGCACUGCCAGUCUCGACCCCUGGCGGUACGGCCUCACCCCGUCCACUUUCAGCAUCCUCUUCGUACUCAAGUAUGGGUGUGGCCGGUCAAUAUAUUCCGUCAAGUAUCCCAUCAAACCUCCCACCCGCCCCCAUUAUGCCCGGGUCUGCACUCAGGUUACUUAACCAAGGUCGAGCUCAGGGUCUAUUCACCCCCUCUACUACAAGUGCGACCCUCCGACCAGCUGGAUACCACUCACCUGGCCCCUAUGGUACCAGCUAUGCGCCGUCUCCUCAACCCCAGUCCUCUCAAACACCGCCGCCGGGCUCUGGUCUCAAGCGAAACCGCUCAGAAGCAGAAGUAGAGGGCUACCACUCCCAACCUCACGAUGUUCAAAUGGCUGAUGCUCCCCCGCCGAACACGGCAUCUCAACCCAACGAAGAUAACCCUUCUCCCGCCAAACGACUACGAACCGAUGGAUCUAUCACAACCGAACCAGCAUCUUCUCAAGGCCAAUGGCAACAACAACAACCUUUGCCCUAUGCUUCCCAGCAACGGUCAGGACCAGGGCUCUCUCAACUCUCUGGCCACAACGGGCACGGUUCAUCCCGACCUCCCAGCUCCCUAUCUGCUCCAAAUGGCAAUCGACCGGCCCACACGAACCCAGAGGAUCAAACCCGCAAGACGCGCUUCUCUUCCAAACCUUCCAUGCCGCGAGGCAUGGAUCCUCAUAUGCCCUUCAAAGACGCGCGACGCUCUGCAUUGAUCGCCUUGAUUUGCCAUCGAGACGAUCCCACCUCCGUCAUCGACCUUUUACGCGAAAUUUCUGCAGACCACUUGAACCCUCCAUCGUUUGACGUGGAUACUGUGCUGGAUGAUCAGGGACAUACAGCUCUACAUUUGGCGGCGAGUAUGGCGAGGACGCAGACCGUGGAUAUGUUGAUCCAGACGGGCGCGGAUAUGCAUAGAGGGAACCAUUUAGGCGAAACACCUCUCAUUCGGGCGUGCCUUGCAACGCCCAACUCGGACCAGCAGAGUUUCGCUACCCUAGUGAACUACCUCCAUGAUUCCAUUUGGACGCUGGACACGUCCAAGAAGUCAGUGGUCCAUCAUAUUGUCUCGCUGGCCGGGGUCAAGGGAAGGGCCGUGGUGGCACGGUACUAUCUAGACCAGAUCUUUUACUGGAUCGCUCAGCACGAAGGCGGGGACUUUAGGUCAUUGGUUGACUUGCAAGAUGAGCAUGGAGACACAGCUAUAAACAUUGCUGCAAGGGUGGGCAACAGGAGCUUGGUGCGGACGUUGUUGGAUGUUGGUGCCAACAGAGUUCUCGCGAACAAGCUUGGCCUCAGGCCUGGUGAUUUCGGUGUCGAAACAGAGGAACUGAGCAGUGGACUCCGAGCAGAAGACCUUAUUUCAUCACUACGAACAGGUCCUCCUGCUCCCGUCCAAAAGAGCCAGGAUGUUAUCGCAGACAUGACAAGCAUGAUCCAAUCCCUCAGCACCGAAUUCCAAGCCGAAAUCAAAUCCAAACAAGACUCCCUCGACGUGACCCAAGCCCACCUCCGCGCCGCAACUCGCGAGCUUUCCGAACAACGCAAACAGAUUCAGACAUGGCAAGCGCGGUGUGGCGACCUCGACCAAAUUAACCAGCGGGUCCGAAACGUCGAGAAGGCGAUCGCGGAGGAGGAUAUGUUCGAUUGGACGGGGAGGACAGAGUUGGAUGGCAAGGAUGGCAAGGAGAAGGGUGGACCGGCGUUUGCGUAUAGAGGGAGCAAGAGUACGAUGGUCGGGGUUGGUGGGUCUGUGGACGUUUCGUUUAGUGUCGAAUCGGAGCCACCGCUGCCUACGACGGAUACGGCGGCAAGUUUGGUCAAGUUGAGGAGGUUGAAGAUGUGGCAUCAGAGGAUGGAGGAGUUGGUUAAAGGGAGGUUGAAGGGUUUGCAGGGCGCGAGUGCGGAGAAGGAGUAUCAAUGCAAGAAGAUCGUUGCAUUGUGUACUGGUAUCCCCCUUGAUAAAGUGGAGGAGAUGUUGGACAACUUGGUCAUCGCUGUUGAGAGCGAAGCUCAAGUUGUCGACAUUGGCCGUGUUUCUGGAUUCAUGCAAAAGGUCCGCGAUGGUAUUAUCUAA